CUCCGAUCUCCAGUGUUGACGCCAGCGAAGUGCCGAGCUGCUGUCGAUGUGGGAGCGGCGGCGGCGGCGGCAAGCCGACAUCCGCCCAGCUAACAGCGUAGAGAGCACGCGUUUUCGCGCUGCGUAAGCGCGGCUACCAGCCGCUACCCCAAGCCCGCCAUGAAAGGCGCCCGUCAGUCAAAGCCCGGCACGAUGUCCGCCAUCAAGGACGCGCACAUCGUCAAAAUCGCCGUCGAGAUGGACGAGCAAGUGCCGCAGCUCAUCGAGUUCGACCAGCAGCGACCACUCACGGCCAUCAUCCAGGACCUGUGCAACACCUGGGCGCUGGCCGAACCUGAACAGUACUCGCUCCAGUUCUCGGACAACGCUCGCUCCUACAUCACCGAGAAGAACCGAAACGACAUAAAGAACGGCUACGUCCUGCGACUGACGCACAGCCCCGCCAAGACGGCACAAGACAUCCUCGACAAACUUCACUCGAACAAGCCGGAUGACAUGCGGGCGGCCCUGGAACGUCUGCAGAGGCUUUCGUCGGACUACACGUUCGCUCUCGAGUUCAUAAACAAGCAGGGACACCAGUUGCUCAUCAACAUGGUCGAAGCGGGUACCUACACGGGCGACCACUUGGCGCUGACUUUGCAGUCGUUCGUCGAACUUAUGGAUCACGGCAUCGUCUUCUGGGACAUCUUGGAGCCCAAGUUUGUCGGCCGCGUCGCCAAUCAGGUGAAUGUCAACACGACUCAGGACACAAGGACGUUACAGGCAUCUCUCUCCAUACUGGAAUCUCUCGUCUUGAACGGCACCGGUCGCUAUGCCAUGGUAGACCAAGAGGUCACAUUACCGAAUCUUAUCAUGCACAUGCAAUCAUCAGCAGUUGAAAUACAGCAGUCAGCCGUGGCACUGAUCAAUGCACUCUUCCUCAAGGCCGAGAGCACCACAAAGCGCAAGACACUAGCAGCGACCCUGUCUUCGCGGCACAUCCGGAACGUCAUUGUUACAGCUGUCCUUCAACGUUCGCAACAGCAUGUUGGCACUGAAAUGGCUCAUCAGCUUUAUGUUCUUCAAACAUUGUUGCUCAAUUUGCUGGAGGAACGGCGUGUUGGUGUUGACCCAAAUGAUGCCGAGGCACGUGAACGAAUCCUUGAACUACGACGCAUUGCAUUUGAUGUUGAAGCUGAUGGUACUUGUAGCACUACAAGUGGUGGCCGGAAAGGCGGUGGCUAUGCAAAAGACUACAAGAAGUUGGGUUUCCAAAACCAUACCAACCCUAUUGAGGACUUUAGUGAACCACCUGGAAUAUUGGCAUUGGACAACAUGGUAUACUUUGCCAGAAAUCACACAGAAAGUUACACCAAGUUUGUUCUCGAGAACUCGUGCAGGGCUGAUGAGCAUGAGUGCCCUUUUGGCCGCAGCAGCAUUAGACUGACACGGCUUCUGGCUGAAAUCCUCAAGGUUGGUGAGCCCCCUACAGAGCAAGGAAAGACUUACUACCCAAUGUUCUUUACACACGACCAUCCAUUUGAAGAGUUCUUUUGCAUUGGCAUCAUGCUCUUAAACAAGACUUGGAAAGAGAUGAGGGCAACGACAGAAGACUUCAUCAAGGUCUUUAGUGUGGUCCAGGAACAGAUCAGCCGUGCCCUGGCCACAGAGCCGCCUCUCAUGAGUCUCGACAAGUUCCGCAGUAAGCUUGCAACACUGACCUACUCGGAGAUCAUGAACCUGUGGCAGCAGGAACAGUCUACGAGGGAGGAGUGGGAGAGCCAAGCCAAGCCCAUUAUCGAACUACGAGAACAGGUCACGCCAGAGAUAAUGGACCUCAUCCAGCAGCAGAGGCUGCAGUUCCUCUGUGAAGGCACACUGUUCACCAAGUACUCAGCAAAGGGUCACAGAAUCAAGGACAAGUUCUGGUACUGCAGACUGUCACCGAGCCAGAAAGUCUUCCACUACGGCGACUGCGAGGAAAACGCAAUGCCCAGCCUCGAAGAGCUGCCGCACAAGCUGCCUGUGAUCGAGAUCAGAAGUCUGGCAACUGGCCGUGAGUGCCCGUACAUGAAAGACACCCGCAAGGCAAAGUCGACAGCUUCGCUGGCAUUUUCUCUCAUACCAGACUCGAACCAGGAACCACUCAACUUUGUAGCAUCAAAUGAAAAGAUCUUCGACUACUGGACAGAUGGCAUCAAUGCCUUGUUGGGCAAGAAGAUGGUCAGCAAGGAAACAAAAAAUGACUUAGAAACUCUGCUUAGUAUGGAGAUCAAACUGAGGCUCAUGGACACGGAAGGUGUGGACAUCCCGGAGAGCCCUCCUCCAAUUCCUAAGGAACCGCCUAAUUUUGACUUCUGCUACGAGUUCAAGUAGUAUGUCAGACGGUGAUAAGUGUCCAACCCUGUGCACAGUCACUUUCAAAUGAACCGUGCUGAAGAUUUCAUGUGCUUGCCCCCUUUCACCGAGUGCUUUCGCUUGCUCUUUUCAUUUUUACCUCUUUCAUUCUAAUCUUCUCAUCUCCGAUCUCCUGCCUAGCCUCAUCGCAGAUUUUUUCACUUUGCUUGUUGGCACCAUUCUAAAUGUGCAAUUCGUCGCACUAGGUCUCCACAUAACGAGCUGUUUUAACAUUCCAUCGCAUAAUUCUAGAGUAAUAUUUAAGUGACAUGUAUUUAAAAAUACGGACAAAGAGCAUGAGCUCAGUUGAACAGUAUUUUACGUCAAUGUUGUGGAAAGCUGUUUUGGAGCAUUUAGCAGGUACUUGUUCUUUGUGGACAUAUUGAUGAUCAGUAAUUUUGUAAACAGAAGGCUUGGAACUACUUUUUUCUUGCAUGCUCUUUACUUACAAAUUAGCAUGGACAUUUAGCUUUCAUUUUAUAUUCUUUCUAACGCAUCCUUAAACAUAUGCUUCACUGUCAUACCCUCCAAUUGUCUUCCAUUCAUUUAUGUACAAAGCAUCUUUGUUGUAAAGUGCUGUGGAAAAACGUUA